CCAAUCACUCUCCAAUUCAGUGCCUGUGGUUGAAGAUUCCCUUCAAGGCUGUUUCCAUGGGAAACGUCAAUACAAGCUCCGUAAGAUGUCAACAAAGUUGCCAUGACAGUAUGCCCCUGCGCCAAGGCGUCCAAGAUUUGUUUCUCUUGCAGCACAUUAACAUUGGCCCCAUGAUCUAGCAACAACUUCGCCAUGCCGAGAUUAUUCGACAUGACAGCAACACGGAGCGCUUUAGUUUCGCAAGCGUUGACAUCGGCCCCUCUUUCCAGCAACAAUCUCGCGAUAUCUUCAUCGGUCACACCAGAGGGCCCAGGCCGCCGACGCUCGUCUCGAGGGCGCAUGAUGGAACUCAGGGGAUCGUAAUGGUUUCCCGUCACCAUGGCGCCACUGUCAAGCAACAACUUGAUCAUAUCGAGGCUGUCAUAGCAUGACUCGAUAGCUGUACACAGCGGAUCUUUGGACGUCGCAAUCCGCCGUUUGAUGACCGCGCCUUUCUCAAGCAGCAUUUUCGCAAUCUCCAUGUAGCCGUACCUUGCCGCGUGUGUCAAGGUUGUGCAUUCCGGCCUAUCUACGCUCUUCCCCUCCGGCCACUUGCGCAAGAGCUUCCGGGCCGUUUCCGUACGACCGUUCUCGACAGCCCAUCGCAGCGCGACACCGCCACCGAUUAGCACGUGGUGCUGGUAGAGGAUGUCAUUCGUGACGUGGUAGACGCGGUGGCAGGUUUGUGCCAGUGCAUUGAUAUCACGAUCACUGUCUAUACUCUCUGCAAUGCAUAUGAGCAGUUCGUUUGCAAGCUGGUUGAAUGACAUGAUAAUGAGAAUGAUGAGGAAAGGAGAAGAGAACACAUUGUUUAGUGGAUUGGGGUGUUGAGAGCUGAAAGCGGGGUUGACCAUUCAGCAGAUCAAUGCCUGAAAAGGUCAAGCGCGUUGAUUUGUCGUGAAUGCUUACAUAUCGUAGGAGAUACGGGCGUUCUUGUAUACAAGACUGGCAGUGAGAAACACUAGAAGCUCGCGUGACGAACAUGUUCAGUUGGAGGACGCCUCUGGUUGGUACUUCAGCGGUGAAUUUGCCAUGUAUAUUGUGUGGUGUGGUGCCUGGAGCUCAAGUGCUAUUUAGCGGCUUGAGAUCCAGAGAUUUUUCCAGAGCAAAAUCAAAUAGUAACAACGGUCUAUGGCUCGAUAGUAGCCAUUUCAUACGAGUUUUUUUUUUUGCCAC